AUGAAAAACAAUGAAGUUUCAUCAACUCCGAGUCAUCAUCCUACAACCAACAGUGCACCAACGUUAUCGGAAAUUCCAAUUCUAUCGUUAAAUGAUGAGGUUAUUUCAUCAUCAUCACCCACAAAUAAUUCAUCAUCACAACAAGCCCUAAACUAUAGUUCAUCAAGUCAUUCUUCCUUAUCACUACCUAGUAGUAAUCAACAGCAUGAUGGUGGUAAAAAUUCAAAGAAUGAAAUCAUGUCCAAUUUAUAUAUUCCAUCAUCUGGUCGAUCGGAAUGGGAUGAGUAUUCAAUAACUCAAUCACCUGCAUUUAUUGUGUUGAAGGAAAUGUUUUACGAUUCUCUGGAGGAUGACGAAGUUCCGAAGAGUGUAUCUUUGGAGAGUUUUACAGAGUGUGUGGAAAUGGACGACUCUAAUUCUGAUACAAAUACUAAUAAUAAUAAUAUUAUGGUAGAUUGUGAAAAUUCUCAAAAUGUUGAGAAUGCACCAACUGCAGUGAGAUUACAAAAUGCAGAAUUAACUUCUCCAACUAGAAAACAAUCUAUUUGUGAAUCUCCUAGAAAUACACAUAGAAAUUCAAUCAUUUCUCUGCCUAUUUGUAAGGAAAUUGAACCAAAGGAUAUUAAAUUGAACAUUUUACAUUUGAAGAAAAAAGCCAGACAUAUCAGAAUACUUUUGGUGAGACACGGUCAAUGUGUCACCAAUGUACACAAGACAAUUUUACAAGAGAAAUCAGAUCACUCCAUUCCAUUGAGUAAAGCUGGUGAAGAACAAGCAAAAGCUGCUGGUGUAUAUAUUAAACGAUUCUAUGAAGACAUGAAUAGGAGAUUAUGGGAAAAGAUUCAAAAAGAAAAUCUGAAAUAUACAGACAUUUCAAAAAAGAAAUUCUCGAGAGAAUUGAAAUUUGUUUCAAAUGAAACAACAGACUUCAAAUUUGAUAAUGAUUUGAGUGAGGAUGAGGAUGAAUCAGAAAAAUUGGAAAGUGUUACCUAUCCAUUGAGAGUUAGAAUGUGGAAUUCGACCUACAAUAGAGCUAGAGAAACUGCCAAUAUUAUCAUGUCUGAGGCCUCUAACGUAAUUCAAGAUCAAAGAGAGAGCAUUCUUCUGGUGGAGCAACAAUUUGGUUUAUUUGAAGGAGUUCCAUUAGAUGAAUUGAAUAAGAGAUUCCCACAAGAAUUUCAACAUUUUGAAAAGCACAUUGGAUUUUUUGGAAGAUUUUAUGCUCGUCCUCCAUUAGGAGAAUCAAGAUUUGAUGUUUCAAAGAGAGUGAAAUUAUUAUUUGAGAAACUCAUUUCAGAUAGUGAAACAGAGGGUAUUAAUGAUAUCAUUAUUGUUUCUCACGGUGUUACUGUUCGUGCCUUUACUCAGAUGUGGUUGGAUUUGAAACCUGAAUGGUUCGAUGCAGAAGUUAAUCCAAACAAUUGUGGAAUUCGUUUCUUGGAUGGCAAUAGAGAUAGAGGUUAUGUAUUUAAUGGAUUUUCACUCCAUCACCACACUCCACAACAACAACAACCCAAAACAAGUCAAUAA